AACACUUUCAAGCACUUUCAAACCAACCGUUUCAAAAACAGUUCGUGGAAAGAGUGGGAAAGAGAUUCUACUGAUUCUAGAAAAGAUCAUGAACAAUCAUGAAUUACAGCUCUGAGAAUAAAGUUCUCCUGAAACAUUUCUGGCAAAAUAAGUGUAUUUUAAGGGCAUUAUUAGAAUUAUGACCAACAACAAAGGUUAGGAUUACUCGGUAGCAUGAAAGGGAAUGAUUAUCAUGUGAUCGCAAAUCAUAUGAUUUGAACGAUCAUUAGUGACUUAAGGAGCUGUUAAAAUUAUUUAUUACGCGAUUUCAAUCGCAAUGUCUCAUAACUAUAUCCGUGUUUAUUACACAAUAAAUUAACGAUACGAUGAUCAUUGUUAUGUUGCAUUAUUUCAACAAUGAAGACAAGAUUACGUUUUUUUAACCAUCACAGCGUUGUGACUUUUGUCUCUUCGUUAUAAUCAAAGUACAAAUUGCGCGGCCCGUUCUAUAAAUCUUGCAAGGAUGAGCGGGGACGUAGAGUACAACGUCGCCGCCAAGUACCGAACGGUCAGGAAGCACCUGGAUAAUCUAGGGUACAAGCAGGCACUGUCGCUGGAUGCUCUACCACUGAUAGAGGCUUUGCUGGCCGAUCUUAUUCAAACCACAGACAGUCUCAAGCAUUUUAAAUCUAUUGCCCAGGAAAACGUUGAGGCAUGUAGUCAGCUCCAAUUGACAGUUGAUCCUUAUAAAUGUGAUAAUGCGAGAUUGGUGCAAGAAUGUAAUCAGCUUCAUUCGGAUCUGAUAGAAAUUAAAGAGGUGCAUCAGAGGCAAGUCAAGGAUCUCAAAAGGCAGAUAUACAAGUUGGAAUGUGAAUGCAACGAUCUGCAAUUGGCAUCCUCACGUAAUAUACACAAGAUUAAGGAGCUGGAGGCGGAAUCAGCUGCCAAGUCCAAGAAGAUAUUAGAGCUUCAGGGCAAAUGUCUAAAACCAACUAUUAUUAAUGUUGGGCUUGCUUCUAAGAAGCGUCCUUGCUUUCCUCUCCGAAGACCAGUCUUAGAGACUGAACCGAUGCCAAGAGCAAAGAGCAGCGGCUCACUGCCAAAAUUGAGUAGCGUGGAACCUAAGAUAGUAGAUAUAAUAAGCAUGGCAGAUCAUAAAAUGAAUUGCUUGAGUCAGGAGGUAACAAAAUUACGAGAGGAGCUUUUUUUGCAAACUGAUACCAUAGAUACUCUCGAGAAACAGUUGACUACAAAAGAAAAAGAAAUAAUUCGACUGAGAAAAAUGUUGGAAGGUGGUCGUUCCUAUGCUGCAAUUAGCAAGGACUGUAUUUGCAAAAAAAUGGAAAAAAAAGCUGGUGCUACCCACGACGUUUCGGAUAUUAGUGAUGUGAGAAUUCUUCAGCAGGCCAAAUUGGAACUGGAACAACAACUAAAAGAAUCUAUAAAUAAGCAACAUGAUGCUAUGUCUCAAGCAAUGAAAUUAGCAUCUCGAAAUGAGGAAUUAGAAAAAGAAUUAAGAGAUAUAGAUCACGUUGCAUUAGCUGUAGAGGCCGAUUGCAACUCUACAGUCAAAGAGAAUAACAGGAGAGUUUGUAAACUUCAGGAGAAGUUAGAAGACGUCCUGAUGCAAGUACAUGUCUUAGAACGGCAAUUAACUAUAGAACAUAGAGAAGUGCAAGAAUUGAGAGCAGAUUUAGAAGCUUGCAAGCUUGAAAAACGUAAUGUUCAGCGUACUCUGGAAUCUGCAUUAGACGAAAAAAAACAAAUGUCUGACAAGAUUAAUCAACUAACAGUCAUUGCAUUUAAAAAUAAAAAUGAGAAAUACGAUGUGGAUCAGACAAUGGUUAAAGAUAGAGAAAUUAUAAAAGAUACAAGCCACUGUGAUAUGCAAAAACGGAUUGAUGAAGCGGAUUUAAAAAUUACAUCUCUGCAGCAGACGAUUCAGCGAUUGGAAAUAGAACGAGACCACUAUAGAAAGGAAUACAUUAAUUGUAGGGACGAGCAACGCAGAGUAUUUGACAAGGAUAACGCUGAUUUAUGGACACGAAUUUGUGAAUUAAAACGCGAUUUAAGUAAUAAGGAACAAGCUUUAAGUAAAGCACAUCGUGAGAAGGAAGAAUUGUGUCAUGAGAAGGAAGAUCUAGAAGCACGAUUGCAAACUUACAAGAGCCAACAGAGACAGUGUAUUCCUUGCAGAUCGUGCAGCUUGUGUAAACCCGUCCGUAUUUGUACCUGUGCUACUGACUCGCCAAUAUCUUCUGGGGACAUUAAUACGACAAAGACAAUACUCGAACGUUUGGAACGAGAGCGGGAUACGGCUAGAGCAGAUAUUGAACGACUGAUAGAGGAACGCGAUGCGUUACGUGAGAGACUUAAGAAAAUUUCGGAUGCGCAUAUGUGCGAACAACUUCGUCUCAAAGAAAAUUUAAUCGAGGCGGAGAAUCGUUUGAAACAUAUGGAAAAAGAACGGCAAGAUCUGUUGGUCACUCAGGGCACGAAAAGAGCGGCGAUAAACGGUCUUGAGGACCAAUUGGAUGAUGUGCAAGAGGAACUGCGCCGUACAAAGCAGGAAUUAAUGGCGCAACGGACGCAAUAUUUUCAAUUACGAACGUUGCAAGAUCAAACGGAUCAGGCGUUGGGAGACGCGCAAGGCCAACUGUCGCAGGCAGAAUCGGAAUUGAACAAAGCUAUGGAUCGCAACAAAAGUAUGGAGCAGCAACAGAUGCAAUUGAAUGAUCAAAUUAAAGAGCUGAAGCAAGAAAUAAAUACUUUGCGCUCAAGCAUGACGCUCUUGGACCAGGAGAAAGAUCGGCUAUUGAUGGCACUGGACGAAAAGACGGAAAAGAUCGCUGCAUUAGAACGAGAAUUGAUGCACAAGGACCAACAAACUGAGGGAGUGCAACAACAAGUUCGUGAUUUACAGCAUAAAAAUGAAAUAUGCAUCGAUCAGAGCGUGGAACAGGAACGUCAGCUGAGGUCACUGCGGUUGGAGAUGGAGACGAUGCAGCGGCAGUUCGAAGCCGCGUCGGUGGAUCGCGAGAACGCGAUUCAGGAGAACCGGAAGCUGCAGGACGACCUGGCGGCGGUAACUUGUGAGGUGCGAAAUAUGCAACAUGAGCUGGAGGCCUCGCACGCCGAGUGCUACGAUCUGAAACGGCAAUUGCAGACUUACGUCAGCGAGGUCCGCCGCGUUGAAGAGCUCCUAAAUCGGAAAGAGAAUGAGAGAACGGAAAUGCUAAACCACUUCCGAAGUCUCAGCCUAGAGGCAACGGUGCUGGAGAACAACAAUCACAGUUUGGAGUCCGAGGCGGCGGAGGCUAGAGGCGCCCUUCAAACUGCGAGACAUCAGAUACUUGAUCUGGAGCGUCAAUUGGCGGAUAGGGACUGUCUGAUAAAGGGUUACGAGACUCAGAUAAGCAAUUUAACGCAGAGCGUCGCUAGCAUGGAGACGCAACUACGGCAACAGAUGGAACAGCGGCAUCAAGCCGAAGCCGAUCUAAUGGCAGUCAGGGACCUGUGCGUCAAGUUGGACCAACAAAAGGAUACGCUUGUGGAGCAGCUUGGUGAUAAGGAUACUGCGAAAGCGCAUUAUGAGGCGCAAUUAUCAAGAUUAAAAGUCGAGCAGAGCGUUGUUCAAGAACAAAUUACUAGAGAUCGCGUGACUGUAGAACGACUGGAGACUCUUCUUGAUCAGGCGAGGCAGGAAUCCAUUAACGCGCAGACUACCAAUCAAGAGUUGCAAAAUGAAAUCUCUAGAUUGAAGCAGAAGGUUUCCGAACUUCAAAGUAAACUUUCAUCAGAAUCCGCAGAGCUCAGGCAAUAUCAGAAUCAAGCGGCGGAAUACAGCAAACAGAUCAGCGAGCUUCGUAGGCAAGUCACCAACGAGAGGUUCGACCGCGCUAGAAAGGAAGAAGAAAGUCGCAGGUCGCUAAAUUCAUCUCCAGACAGUUUCAAUGUAGAUUUAAACGUAGUGAUAUAAUACAUUUAUGCGCGAUGUCUCUUAAUCUAUAAAUAUUUGUAGCGGGGGAAAAAUAAGAAUAACAUUGAUAAAAUAGAGCUGCAAAACACGUAAAUUGAUAUAUGUCAAGCCUUGUCAAUGCAACUUACAUUAUAAUUAUACAUUGAGAAAUAUUAAAGAUUUUUGUGCUGUGCCUGCAAAUAAUCGAGUAAAUAUGUGCAAACAAAUGCGUGCAAACGACUAUAUUAUAUUAUAUUAAUAUGGUUCUUUUAAAAUGGACCAAAUGCGCAAUUAAUUAGUAAUGCCGUCGAGAGGCUAAAACUUGAGAAAUGAAAAACUAACGAUUUUGAUAAUAUAAGCAAGAUUGUUUUUAUAAAUAUAUAAUAAUUUAUCUAAUUAUGAAAAAUCUCGAAUUAAGUACACAGAAAAUAGUCAAAUUGUACAAAUUGUAAUUAAAAGUUGAAUUGAAAGUAAAUUAGACUUUCAUAGACUUAAUAAAAAAUAAUUUAAGAACUGGGAUAUUCUAAAGAAUCAUAAGCAUAUCAAAUAUUAUGAUAUACUUACUGAUAGGAAAAUAUAUUGUUAUAUAUAUAUAUAUAUACUAAGAAAUGUGUAAAGUUAUGUACACUGACAGUCUUAUACAGAAUGAAGCAUUUAGACAUCACUAGAGCACUAGAGACAUCCAAAUAUCUCGAGAAACAUGCAUCCUAUGAAAAAAAUUGUCCUACAUCAAAAUUUGAUUGCUUCGAAGGAGGAAAAAAGAUAAAAGUCGACAAUACUUUAAGCAGAAUUUUAUCAAUCACAAUAGAUUGAUAAAAUUUAAAUUUCUAUAAAUCAAAGAAGAUAUAAGAAAUUUGAAGCAAUAAUUUUAAUCGUAUUAAACUUUAAAAAAUAUAUCUCGAAUCAAGUAUACAUAAAACAAUAAAACUGUACAAAUUAUAUUUAGAAAUUUAGCAAAGUAGAAAGUAAAUUUAAGUUUUACAAAAAAUAAAAUUAUAUAAGAAUUCAAAAUAUUUAACAAAAUUCUAAGUAUAUGGAAUAUUAUGAUAGAAAAUAUUCUGAGAUUAUUGAAAAGAAGAGGAAAAUCUAUAUUUUGAGCAAUUUAAUUAACACGAUAAAUUUUAUAAAAUUUUAAUUUUUGUUAGUCAAGGAUGAUAUGACAAACAAUUUUAAUAACAAUUUUAGUCAGAUUGAACAAGUCUUUUAAAAUAAAUAAGAGAGAUAAUAUUAUGAAUACGUAUUGAGUAAGAAUUCUUCAAAGAAAAAAAUAUAUUUAUAUAUGUAUGAAAAUAAUUUUAUAAAAAAUGUCUUGACAAGUGUGUAUCUGAAUACAAAUGUAUUUAUAUUCUUAAGUCUGUGUACUCUCAACUGAUAUGCAAUAAAUUUUUUACACUUUCUACAAUUUCCAACUACAUACAUUUAUGUUCAUAUAUAUAAUUAUGAAGGAUUUAAAAAUAAUUAAGUGUUAAAUAAAUUUUACGUAAAUAGUCUUAUAUACGUACGUGUAGAUGAAUAAGGCGUUGUCCAAUCCUUCGAUAAUUUUUCUUGCCACUUUUUACACAUUUAUACGAUACGACGGAGAGAAAGAACAACCCAAAUAAUCAAUCUAUAUAUUUUUCCCAUAUUCUCCUUCGUAUUUAGUAAUUUAUUAUAUCGUUCUUUUAUUCCUUUACACAGAUGUUUAUUUAUGAUCUCGAUGAUCGUACGAAACGGUGAACAUGUAAACUAGGUAUAAUUACAAAUAAUAAAAAUAAAAA